AUGCAUGCCAGCUCAGUGACAUUUGCAAGUGACAGAGCCACUGAGUAUCUGAAAUUUUUCCCCUUGUUUCUGUUCUUACAUCCGAAACCGGAGCAUCAGCGCAGCUUUCCUUUGCCUGAUAAUCUCUCUCUGCUUCGUUCCAUCUCGCUAUCCCCUACCCUGGACUCUCUGAGACAACCGGUUCGCUCUGAUUUUGUUCACGUAGCAGGUAGGUUGCACGCAGAGUUUGAUGCUCUAAAUUUCAGAAGCUUCGUUUAUGCUUGUGUGCUGGUCCUGCUGGAACUUGAAUUCUCAUCAUAUUCCCUUUUUUGUAUCAUGGAUCCUAAUGGUUCUGGUGAUGAAAAUAGUGAAAGCAAAAUCUACAUUGGUAACCUUGAUCUGAGGAUAACGGAGGCUGCUCUAAUUAAGAUGUUUUCUCCAUUUGGGAAGAUUGUAACUGAGGACUUUUUGUGGCACACUCGUGGCCGAAAACGUGGAGAGCCACGGGGUUUUGCUUUCAUCCAGUAUAGCAGCAAAGAGGAAGCAAAAUUGGCCAAGGAGAAGAUGCAUGGGAGACUAGCUUGUGGACGCCCAUUGGUUGUUCGCGUUUCCAGUGAGAAGUACACGGUAGAAGCAGCAGAAAAUUCUUCAAAAGGAGCGGGUGAGGCAACCAAAACAAGCCCUUCUGGUAGUAGUUCAGGACAGACGAGUCGGAGCUCUAAAAUAGCAGCAAUCAAGAACAAAUUGAAAGCCUUGGAAGCGGAGGGCUUUAGUGCCAAGAAGCAGAAGCAAACUGACACAUCUUUGCAGUGA